AUGGUAGACCUGACAAAUCACGUCCUGACUCCCAGCAUAGUUCCAGUUUAUGAAUACCGUUUGGAAAUUAAGCUCAUCCUAAAUGACCUAACACAGUUAAGAAGCACUUUUGGAAACCUCACUUUGCCUCUUCAAAUCCACUCCAAUGAGAAAAUCAUAGACGCUGACAUUACCACAGUUUGUUCUCCCAGCAAUGAUGGCUAUGAGUGCAGAUGUGAGCGUAACUACCUGUGGCCGUGUGACAAGUGCGCCAUCUACGGGAAAUGCAAUGACGGAGACAAAUGUGGAUGCAUUAAAACUGUUCCCACAGAUGGACAGUUCUGUCAAUCAGAGCUCAAUAUUCCAGUUUAUGAAUACCGUUUGGAAAUUAAGCUCAACCUAAAUAACCUAACACAGUUAAGAAGCACUUUUGGAAACCUCACUUUGCCUCUUCAAAUCCACUCCAAUGAGAAAAUCAUAGACGCUGACAUUACCACAGUUUGUUCUCCCAGCAAUGAUGGCUAUGAGUGCAGAUGUGAGCGUAACUACCUGUGGCCGUGUGACAAGUGCGCCAUCUACGGGAAAUGCAAUGACGGAGACAAAUGUGGAUGCAUUAAAACUCUUCCCACAGAUGGACAGUUCUGUCAAUCAGAGCUCAAUAGUGUCGUCAGUAAAGAUGUGAUGGAGAAUGUCCUGCAAACUGUUGAUGUCCUUAUUGGAAAUGAUGCAAAACCAUCCUGGUCUUUUCUUAAUUCCAACAUGAGUCAGAAUGCCAGUUCACAACUGCUGGGUUCACUAGAGUCCCUUUCAAAUAGACUAAAUGACUCAUUUGAAAUCAGCACCCCACUUAUCACGAUGGUUAGAACCGAAUUUAGUUCAAGUUUUGCAAAAGAUCUAAACUCUACUGUUUCCAUUGAAAUUCCUUUCAACAACAGCCUCAGUGCAAACAUCACCACCAUUCUUCUGUCCACUUUUAAUAAUGUUAUACCCCCACGAAACUCAUCAUCCAACAGCAGCCUCCUCAAUAACACCAGCAAUCCUGCGGAUGGGUCUCCUGGUACCAACUCGGUUUUCCUUGUUAAAAUAGAUAAAAUUAUUAGAAAUGUCACCCUUAAGUUCAAAAAGAUCAAUGAAACCUUGCCUCUGAACAGAUCAUUCCAGUGUGUCUUCUGGAAUUUUAAACUAGUAAAUAACACUGGUGCCUGGGAUGAUGAAGGUUGCAAGUUUGUUUCUAGAAUUAAUGACACAGUAACCUGCAACUGCACCCACCUUACAUCCUUCUCGAUUCUCAUGGCAACAAGCAUCCCUGAAGAUAAAAGAGACAUCCUGGACAUAAUCACCUACAUUGGAGUUGGAAUAUCUCUGGCAAGCCUCGUCAUAUGUCUCAUCAUUGAGGGAUAUGUAUGGAAAGCUGUCACCAAAAACAGCACUGCCUUGAUGCGUCACAUCUCUAUUGUUAACACAGCCCUGUCUCUGUUGAUCGCAGACAUUUGUUUCAUCAUUGCAGCCUCUUACUCACAGAAGGCCCUUGAUAACAAAGAUGGAGACUUUAAAGUUCUGAUUGGACAGUGCAGUGCAGUGACAUUUUUUAUGCACUUCUUCUACCUUGCUCUGUUCUUCUGGAUGCUCGUAUCAGGCCUUCUGCUCCUCUACAGGACACUGAUGGUUUUAUCCCACAUGAAAAAGUCCACCAUGAUAGCUAUGGGCUUUGUUAUAGGCUAUGGUUGCCCCCUGAUUAUUGCUGUUACCACUGUUGCUGCUACAGCACCAAGUCAAACAUACUUCAGGAAAAAUUACAUUUGCUGGCUUAACUGGACUGAGUCUAAAGCCCUUCUGUCAUUGGUCAUUCCAGCCUUGGUUAUAGUUGUGAUCAACAUUAUAGUUGUAAUUGUGGUUUUAUGCAAAAUGAUGAGAAGAACUUCAGCAAACACCAUCCAGCCGAAUGAGAAGAACAGCUUUGUAGUUAUUCUAAGAUGUCUGGCCAUCCUGACACCUUUAUUUGGACUGACUUGGGCCCUGGGGAUUGGAACCAUGGUUUCACCAAGAAGAAAAGAAAUCCACUUAGCCUUUGCAUUCUUUAACUCACUGCAGGUAUUUACAAUCAUUAAGACACAAGACACAAAUUUUUACAGACUUUUAAACUUUUUUGUCUUUUAA